AUGGCUGAAGAUGAAUUCCACGAUUUUGUUGGCAACUCCGAAAGUGAGGAUGAGGAGUUUUUAGGGUUUAACUUGGAUGAAAUUACAGACGAUAUUGAGCAAGGUGAUGUGGACAGUGAAAUCGAACUUAAUGAGGACGAAAUCGCAGAAAUAAUGAGAGAAGUUGAUGAAGAAAUGUACCGGGAAGAGAGAGAUACGACACUCGAUGCUUACGAGUGCAACUGGCUACGUGAUUUUACCGAGCAACCGGGGCCUCGUCGCAUAGACGAAAAUGCUAGCGAGUACGACAUAUUUUCAAAAAUUGUGAAUGAAGAAAUAAUUUCUUUAUUAAUGGAAGAAACUAACAGAUAUUACCAGCAGCAACUGCUAAAGGUAGGUGGUAUUGCUUCCUUGAAACCUCACGCCCGUCCCAGAAAAUGGCAGGACGUUACAAACCAGGAAAUGAAAGCGUUUCUCGGAAUGAUGUUGUACAUCGGUCUUGUCCGAUUACCAAAUUAUGAAUCAUAUUGGAGUCAAGAUGAAUUGAUAUCUUUGAAAGGUUUUACUACCUUAAUGUCUAGAGACAGAUUUCUGAACAUUCUAGCGUAUUUUCAUGCAGCCGAUAAUGAUUUGGAGCCCCCAAGAGAGAGCCCAAAUUAUGACCCAACUUACAAGUUUUCAAAACUUGCCAGACUACUUAUCAGAAAUUGGCAACGGUAUUACUGUCCCCACAGGGAAAUGAGUACUGAUGAAACACUAAUUCCUUUCAAGGGAAGAACCAAAUUUAUCCAAUAUAUCCCUUCAAAACCCCAUAAAUGGGGGUUGAAAGUGUGGACAUUGGCCGAAUCCAAAACAGGAUAUAUGUAUAACUGGGAAAUGUACACGGGAAAACAGGCCGCCACCAACGAUAUAACAUUCCACUUUGUGUAUUUCCCUGCUUUGAGAGGUAUCAUACACAACUUAACUACAAGAUAA